UAUUCCAUUGUUUGUGGGGGGAGAAGAAGAGGAAGAGAGAAAGAGCAUUGUGUUGUUGUUGUGUGUGCAAGCAAAGAGAGGUAGCUACAAUAACACUCACUCACUAUAUAUGCCUUGUAAAUAGUGCUCUCUAUCUGCCUCUUCCUCCAUUCACCUCUCCAAACUUUCCUCCUUCUUUCAUUCUCUCACCACACACACACACACCAACACCAACAGCAACAAUGGGAGAUGAGAAGAAGCCCAAGGUUGGUGUCUGGCCCACCAUCAAGCCUUUCGUCAAUGGCGGAGCCUCCGGCAUGCUCGCCACCUGCGUCAUCCAACCCAUCGAUAUGAUCAAGGUGAGGAUUCAAUUGGGUCAAGGAUCGGCUGUACAGGUUACAUCCAACAUGCUCAAGAAUGAUGGUGUUGGUGCCUUCUACAAGGGUUUGUCAGCUGGACUACUCAGGCAGGCUACAUACACCACUGCUCGACUUGGAACAUUUAGAAUCUUGACAAGCAAAGCAAUUGAGGCUAAUGAUGGCAAGCCCCUGCCACUGUAUCAGAAAGCCUUAUGUGGGUUGACUGCUGGUGCUAUUGGAGCAACUGUUGGUAGUCCAGCAGAUUUGGCACUCAUUCGUAUGCAGGCUGAUGCGACUUUACCUCUUCAUCAGCGCCGACAUUACACAAAUGCCUUCCAUGCACUUUAUCGUAUUGUUGCAGACGAAGGGGUUUUGUCGCUUUGGAAAGGUGCUGGGCCUACUGUAGUAAGAGCAAUGGCAUUGAACAUGGGGAUGCUUGCAUCUUAUGAUCAAAGUGUUGAGUUCUUCAAGGAUUCCGUUGGUCUCGGGGAAGCUUCUACAGUUGUAGCUGCGAGUUCCGUUUCUGGAUUUUUCGCGGCAGCUUGCAGUUUGCCAUUUGACUACGUCAAGACCCAGAUUCAGAAGAUGCAACCUGAUGCUGAGGGAAAAUAUCCAUACACUGGCUCUCUUGACUGUGCUGCGAAAACCUUAAAACAAGGAGGACCGUUUAAAUUUUACACCGGAUUCCCUGUCUAUUGUGUUAGGAUUGCUCCUCAUGUCAUGAUGACAUGGAUCUUCCUCAACCAGAUUCAGAAGUUGGAGAAGUCCUAUGGGUUGUAGUUCUCUGCAGCGGUGGACAUUUUUUGUUGAAUUCAAGGUUUGAGCAUUUGAAUAAUUUGUUGGCUGUGUUGUAGCCCGUUUAUGCAAAUUAAACACCAAAGGAGCUCUGAUCAUUUUUUAAGAUUUAAUUAAUCAUGCAACUGAAGCAGGAAUUUGACACACUUUAUAUUGUAUUAGUAAAAUAUAGAAUUGGAUGCGGAUGAAGCAGAACAGCAUAAUUCCAUUUUUGAAUGGAUGCAAUUGAGAUACCUGUUGGGAUAUAAUCCUAAACUAGAAUAAGUACUCUAUCUCUUAGACAACAUUUAGACAUCAAGUUUUGUAACUUUCUUCCAUAUUAUCUUCAAGUAUUUCUUGCAGCUAAGGAUUCAAGGCUUUUCAAGCA